GGAGUUGGGGCAAAGCGGGAGGAGUUUCCCCACCCGUACACACCACCGUCCCCCGCACACCCUCUGCCCGCCCGCGCUCCCGCCCCGGGGACAGCUGGCAGCCCCGCGCCAGACCAGACACAAAGCCGAUCAAUCCCAGCGGCGCGCGGGCGGGGGACGACCCGCCAGGGCUGUCCCUUCCGCAGCUCGCCUCCUGCUGUCCCCUCACUAGGACCCCGCGGACACCUCGUCCGGCUUUCACGCCCUCCCCGUCUCACCCCAGCCGCCCUAAAGGAGCAGCCCAGAGCCCCCCAGCCCAGGACAGCAGGACCUACCUGCCCUCGGCAACCCGGCCGGGAAGGCGCCCCGGGCAGGGGGAAACUGACGUCCCCCCGAGAGCCGCCCCUCCCCUCCCGGCCUCUCUCCCCCGCCCCCGCCCCAGAAGUUCAAGGGCCCCCGCCGGCCGCCCACGCUCCUGCGGCCGGGACCCUCGACCUCGGCGGAGCAGCCGGCUCGGGCCCGGGGAAGAUGGCGAGGAGGAGCCGCCACCGCCUCCUCCUGCUGCUGCUGCGCUACCUGGUGGUCGCCCUGGGCUAUCAUAAGGCCUAUGGAUUCUCUACCCCAAAAGACAAAGUAGUCAAAGCAACAGAGUACCAAGAGAUUAUUUUAGCCUGUAAAACCCCUAAGAAGACCAUUUCCUCCAGAUUAGAGUGGAAGAAACUGGGGCGGAGUGUCUCCUUUGUCUACUAUCAACAGGCUCUUCAAGGUGAUUUUAAAAAUCGAGCUGAGAUGAUAGGUUUCAACAUACGUAUCAGAAAUGUUACAAGGAAUGAUGCCGGAAAAUAUCGUUGUGAAGUUAGUGCCCCAUCUGAGCAAGGCCAAAACCUGGAAGAGGACACAGUCACUCUAGAAGUGUUAGUGGCUCCAGCAGUUCCCUCCUGCGAAGUACCCACUUCUGCUCUGAGUGGAACAGUGGUAGAGCUACGAUGUCAAGACAAAGAAGGGAACCCAGCUCCUGAGUACACGUGGUUUAAGGAUGGCGUCCGUCUGCUAGAGAAUCCAAAACUUGGCUCCCAAAGCACCAACAGCUCCUACACAGUGAAUGCAAAAUCUGGAACUCUGCAAUUUAACACUGUUUCCAAACUGGACACUGGAGAAUAUUCCUGUGAAGCCCGUAAUCCUGUUGGAUAUCGCAGAUGUCCUGGGAAACGAAUGCAAGUAGAUGAUCUCAACAUAACUGGCAUCAUAGCAGCUGUAGUAGUUGUGGUCUUAGUGAUUACCGUUUGUGGCCUUGGUGUGUGCUAUGCUCAGAGAAAAGGCUAUUUUUCAAAAGAAACCUCGUUCCAGAAGAGUAGUUCUGCAUCUAAAGCUACUACAAUGAGUGAAAACGAUUUCAAGCACACAAAAUCAUUUAUAAUUUAAAAGAUUCCACUUUUGAGAUACACCAAAACCACAGUUGUUAUAGAAGUUAUUAAACUAUUAUAAAACUCUG